GUACUUGCCACCCACACAGUCAGUGGAUCAGAGUCAAUUUGUUGCAUACAAAAGACCAGAGACAUUAUAAUUUACCAAUUUAGUGAGGUUUUUUAAUUUGGUUAGAGAUGUCUCAGACUGAUGAGUAUGAAAACUACGAUGUAAAUAGAGGAGAGUGCAUCAAGAGUUCGGUGGAAAUGUACGAAAAUGCAGAUACUGUUAGAAAUCACAACCUCAAAACAGAAAAGGAGGCUACCAACAUGAAAACUCAACAAACAGGAAAGGAGAAGAACAUGAGCAAAUGUUACAUACUGACUGUAGUGUGCGUGGUGCUGCUGUAUGUUCUCCUGCUGGCUGCCAUCACAGUGCUGUGGAUCAAAUUCAACAACCUGUCUACAGAAAACAACCACCUACAAGCCAGUUACAACAACAUGACUAUAGACAGAGACCAGUUACAGAAGUUUCAGAGAGAACUGACAGACUCAUAUGCCAGACUGGGAUGGAAAUAUUACAACAGCAGUUUUUACUACAUCUCUACUGUGAUAAAAAAUUGGAAUGAGAGCAGACAGGACUGCAUCAACAGAGGAGCAGACCUGGUGAUCAUAAACAGCACAGAGGAAGAGGAGUUUAUCCUUAAUCAGCUCAACAACAGUGAGGCUUGGAUUGGUCUAAAUGACAUUGAGACAGAGGGGGAGUUUAAAUGGGUGGACGGUUCACCACUGACUACUCAGUUCUGGCAUAUGGGGGAACCCAAUAAUCUUGGGAAUGAUGAGGACUGUGCUGCGAUCCUGUCUGAUCGCUUUGCAAAAAAAUGGAAUGACUAUCCAUGUUAUAAUUUAUUAUACUGGAUCUGUGAGAAAAAUUGGAUUUAGCUGUAAUUUAGUAUAUGUAGUACAUUAUGCAUUCUGCUGCACCUUCUAAUAGAACCUGCUCCUCUCGCAUAUUGUACAUUUCAUCCAAAUCAAUCAGUGUUGCAAUUUCUUAUCAUUUAACAUUUAUUUCCUGCUUGUCUAAAAAGCAAUAGAUGUUCUGGUGUUUGACAAUCUCGAGGGAGACACAGGUUUCUACAGGACAUUUUAAAUUUGCCCCAAAAGGCUUGCAAAUGGAAACAUGAAAGGUGGCUAUCAUGAUGGGCCUGAUGUAGUGCUGUGCAAGCUUCUUCAGAGACUCCAGCCAUAGUUCUUUGUGGACAACCAAACCCUCUGUCCAACCCUCAGAGCUUGGUACUGCUGAGAGGUGUAGACCAGUGUCUCCAGAGCGAAGGAAUGCAGGGAGGUGUGGACGUGCUCAGCCCACACGAGGAAGGAGGACCAGGAGGAAGGAUUCUUGGUAGACUAUGCAUGUUAACGUGGUUUUUGCAUAUUUGUCACACUUUAAUGAUUCAGAUAAUUUUUAUAUCACACAAAGAUUAAGUAAAUACUAAAUGCAGUUUUGAAAAUGAUAAUUUCAUUUAUUAAAAGAAUAAGCUGUCCAAGCCUGCCUGGCUCUAUGUGAAAAAUAAAUUGCCCCCUAAUCCUA